AUGAUGGAAGUUGAACGGCCAUGAAGCUCAGGGUGAAAGCAAAGCAGAGCAUUUCGCUCCGGAGCGCACGUCAAAAUGUCCAACCCUUACAAAUUAUAGUUUAGGGUUUUCUCUCUCUUCCAAUUAAUCCCUGUCGAUGAUGAACAACAGCCUAGCUACGCUAGCAGGGGACUCCAUAGCUUAGCUUCUUCAAUUCCGAGCAAGCAAUGGUGAACACGAGCUUCUCACCGGCGGUUGAAAGCGAUCUGAUGAAGAAAGGACUCAUGAUGUGUCAUCGGCUGCCUCGAAAGAACAUCGCCCACAGCAUCUUCUAUGGCCAUAACCCUUUAAAACACAGCCAGCCCCUAUUUUAUGCACAGGCUUCUUUCAUCAUAAUCAUCACGCAACUCCUUCGUCUUCUUCUCAGGCCACUCCGCCAGCCCCGAAUCAUCUCCGAAAUCCUAGGUGGUUUAAUUGUAGGGCCAACGGUUCUGAGCCGCAGCAAGACAUUCCGAACACAAUUUUUACUAGAAAAAGUUCAAUUUCUUGGAAAAAAUGUAGGGCUUAUUGGAUUCGUUUAUUUCUUCUUCCUAUCUGGGGUGAAGACAGAUCUUGGGGCUGUAAGAAAGGUAGGAAGCAAGCAUUGGUACUUAGCGGCUUUCACAGUUUUCGUUCCUUUUGUGUGUGAUAUUUUCAUUGGAAUAGCUUUCAGAAAGUCCAUGGAAAAGGAGCUUGCGAAAGCUUCUUCCAUUUUUGAGUUUUCUGCUAUGUUUGCAUUAACAGCAUUUCCAGUUAUCUAUCCCAUCAUCAAAGAGUUCAAUCUCCUUAGCUCAGAGAUUGGUAGGAUGGCAUUGAGUGUGGCAGUUAUCAGCGAUGUGAUUGGGGCUCAAUUCUUAAUUGCGUUUGAUGCAUCCAAACAAAUGGAGGCCAAGACUUCGGCUGGUGUGUGGUUUAUAGUUUCGACGAUAGUUAUAAUGGCAUCAAUCUUUCUAGGCAUUCGACAUGUCAUGGUUUGGAUAGUCAGGCUGACACCUGAAGGGAAACCGGUGGAACAGAUUUAUGUGGUUGCCAUAUUGUUAGGUGUCCUGGUGUUUGCAUUUAUAUCUGAUUUUUGUGGACUAUCCAUGGUCCAUGGUCCGUUGUGGUUUGGAUUGGCAGUUCCUGAUGGCCCUCCAUUAGGGGCAACUAUUGUGGAAAAGUGUGAGACAAUUGUUAUAGAGCUUCUGAUGCCAUUCUCAUAUGCAUUCAUUGGAUCCGUCACAGAUAUAUCUGCCAUGAGUGGCCAAUGGACCAUUUUGCGCCCCAUGUUCAUAAUGGCUUUAGUUGGUUAUACAACUAAAUUGCUUUCUGUUCUGUUGAGUUCUCGUUUCUUGAACUUGCCACUAAGAGAUGGUCUGGCUCUCAGCCUCAUUCUGAGUCUCAGAGGCCAAGUGGAAGUUUUGCUGUAUAUGCGUUGGAUGAAUGUGAAGCUGAUAACGCCUCCUUUUUACUCGAUGCUGGUGGUGAUGACACUGGUGGUCACAGCCACAGCCACGCCUUUGCUCAGUUUACUUUAUGAUCCAACGAGGCCUUAUAGGGUGCACAAUCGAAGGAGUGUUCAGCACACCGCGCCAAAUGCUGAUUUGAGCAUUGUGGCGUGUAUAUAUGAAGAGGGUGAUGUACCAGGGCUGAUCAAGCUCAUUGAACUCUCCAAUCCAACGGUGAAUAGUCCUUUCUCAGUUCAUGCCAUACACCUAGUCGAUCUAGUCGCCCGAGCUGUGCCUGUUUUCAUAAAUCAUCAGGUUGAUCAGACGCAUCAGUCUGACCAAUCUAACCCCAUACACAAUGCAUUGAAGCUCUUCCAGGAUAGUAGAAGCAGCGAGAACAUCAAGAUUAAUUCUUACACAACAAUAUCACCAAAGAGAAGCUUGUACCGAGAUGUGUGUGAGUUAGCCCUUAUGAUGAAGGCUUCUCUGAUUAUCUUUCCAUUUCACGGAUGCACUGGAGGAGGGGUGGUGGAGUCUGAAGGAGGUCAAUCUGUUGCCGCUAGUGUAUUAUCACACGCCCCUUGCUCGGUUGCCAUAUUUGUGGAUAGGGGCUUUGCUGGUAGCCACAACAUCAACUCCCCCACUAGGCGCUCAAUGCAUCAUUUCGCUUUCCUCUUCUUGGGAGGGGCUGAUUCUCGUGAGGCUCUUGUGUGUGCUGAUAGGAUGGCCGCCAAGCCAGAUGUAUGGCUCACUGUCAUCCGCUUCCUCUCACACGACGGUGAGGGGGACAACGAGAUGGAAAAGGAGCUAGACGAUGGACUAGUCACAUGGUUCUGGAUGAAGAAUGAAGCCAACCGGCAAGUUGUUUAUAGGGAGUCAGUAGUGAAAAAUGGGGAGGAAACCCUCGCUGCAAUUCAGUCAAUGAAAGAUGAUUACUUUGAUCUCUGGAUCCUUGGUAGGAAACAUGGCAUAAAUCCAGUGAUUUUACAAGGACUAACAGACUGUAGCAAAAACCAUGAAUUAGGUGUUAUAGGAGAUUAUAUGGCCAAUUCAGAUUUAGGCAUUACAUCUUCUAUUUUGGUAAUGCAACAGCAGAUUCUAAGAGACCGCGAAAGCGCUUGUAGUGCUUUCAUUGGGAGAUUGCAAUGGUGUCUUUAGUACUAAACAUCUCUUACCAUGUAUAUAUUAUUAGCCAAAGAAGCAUGGUAAAUGUUACUAUUUUAUUCACAGCUUUCUUUGUUCAUGAUGAUCACGCUCGUCCUUCGCCUUCUUCUCAGGCCACUCCGCCAGCCCCGAAUCAUCGCCGAAAUCCUAGGUGGUGUAAUUAUAGGGCCAUCGGCUCUGAGCCGCAUCAAG